AUUUUCAGUAAGAGGGUCAGUUGACAUCACGUUGCCGGUAUUUGACCGGUCAGGGUGGUUGGUUCUCUCCAGGUCGUCGCGGCCGCCGAACCGCGCCGGCCCCGGUCCGGUCACGCAGGAAUUCAGACCGACAGAGCCAGUUUUUGCCGGACCGGUUAAUAAGGCAGACAGCGCCCCACUAACGGAUAUGGGUCAGCGGUGAUGCUCGGAAACUGGAAAUGAUGAUUUCUCUAUAAGUUUUUGUUUAUAUAAGGUUCACUCAGUAAUAUCGUAAGCAUGAAAGUGACAACAAAUAGUGCUGAUGCUGACUGGUCGUGUAUGAACACAUGUCUCAGAACGUUUCAAUGAUUUAAAAUGUACUUUGCAAAUAGAAAAAAAAACGAAUUUAAAGAUACGAAAGCCUUGAAGCUUUCGCAAACAUCAGCCACAUUUUCUUUUUCAGGAUGAAAGGUGGAUAACAUUGGAUGACAUUUGACGGGAAGAAAUGUAGCUUAGUGAUGUCACGAGAUUUAUAGCUCAGACGUACAGAAAGUCGAACGGUCCGCGUCCACAGCCGCGCCUAGAAAUCGCGCUCAGCUGGUUCAGCUGAUAAUGCAGUUGAUAUCAAGGUUGGUAUUAGGGAGUCUUUCUUAUGAAAUUGACGUAAUAGCAAUUCUAGAUGCACCGUCACGACUGAGACGAAGAUUACAGGAUAGGACGCUGUAAAACUUGCUUGGUCCAAAUACCCGCUUUGCGUAUUGUUUUGGACUUAAAACACGCAUACGUAACGGUUGAAAGAUGUACACACAUUUAUAGGCUCAUCGGUAUGCUUAAAGUAAUUGGCUGUUGAUUUUCUUUGAUUUUCUUCAACACUCUGAGAAACAUCAUUUUUAAGCUCCUCCCCUCAAAAAUCAAAAUGCCUGGUGGAAGAACUAUCUUACCUCCGGUGAAGAACAUGAAGAUAACUCAGUACGAAGACGUAGCUGCUGCCGCCGCCAGCUCAGGGGAAAUCUACAUCAUCGCAUCCGAUGGCGUGGUCAUCGAUCCGGAAAGUUCAAAGUUUGCGCUCAAUGAAGACCCCGAGAAUGAGAGGUUCAUGAAGCUGCCGUCUAUUCCAGAAGUAAAUAAAGUCAAAACGGAUGACGAAAAGUCAGCCGAGAGCAGCGCAGCUCCCAAAUGGAACCCCGCGCAGGCUCAGCAGAGCGCAUCCAGCACAAAAGCUGAAGAACCUAUUACGGUCGAGGAAAAAGACGAGUGUGCAUUGGAAGAUGACGAAUACGAGAGCUCGCUAUAUCAUGUAACCAAAGAAAAGAGACGGUUUCUGUACUCUGCUUUGGUCGUGGUGUUUGGCCUGAUAGCACUCGCUAUAAUCUAUGACAUCCUCUUUUUACAGCUGCUGUGAAGUCUGCAUACGAAGUGCCCCCCAGCUGACAACACAUGAAAAGGGGAGCGAUACUCAGUGGGAAGCGGCGUGAUCGUUUGUGAAUGUAAAUAUCUGUCGUAUGAGAUGUUAGAGGAGCAUACGUACAUUUAGGAGAAGUGCAUAUUUAAAAAGACAGUGGAAUUGCUUCGUUUGAAAAUGCCUUAAAACAAAAAGUUACACAUGAAUGCUUUACCUACCUAUAAACUAUUCAUCAGAAUCAAAAAUAAGGUCAUUAAGCUAACAAAAGCUGAAGAUAUCACGACAAAGAUGGAAUCAUAGCAUGUCCAAGACGAGAAGAAUACAGAAUUGCCCACCACACUGUUAGGCCUGGUAGCGAUAUCAACCGUUUCAAAGCUACGAACGUUUAAUUCGAAGCCUUCGUCGUCACAGUCAGCAGUCACGGGUCCUGUACCUCCUGUCUAUUCAUCCUUCCAGUCAAGUGGGAAAGAAGCCCACUUCCGCGGCGCAGUGGCGCUGGGAGGUGACCUGCUGACCCGCGGUCCCCGGCGGCACCCUAACGGUCCAGCUCGCGGCCGCCCGACCGCCCGUCGAGCCGAUCGGCACCUGAUCAGGACGGCCCGUCACGCAGCCAGCGUCACGUCACGGGACGCAGCCCGGCGACACGUCCCGGACGGAGGACAGAGCAUACGUCGCAGGGCAGAGGGGGUGGUCGACCAGGGGUGCUGGAUCGGGAGAGUGGUGGGGGUUUAAGGGCAAGGGGCGAUGAUAAAUGAACAGAUCGUUGCUGGACCGGUCUGUGAUUUUAUUUAGAGAGAAGAAUAUGCGUCUGAAAUGUUUUAAAAACAAACGGCCUCACCCAUCUCAUAAAACUAAGUGGCUAUCCACUGUUUGGAAGCUGUGAAUAAUUUAAAUGUGAAUAUGUUAUAUAUUCAAAUUCAGAAGUUACCAUUUAUCUAACGGUGGUCUUUAAAAACCUACGGCGCAUAUAAAGGUACCGUAUGGUACUUAAAUAAGGCUGCCCCCAUGAGUAGGCGGUAAUUAUUUGUUAAAUUCCAUUGUAGGUACUACGUUUAAAUGUUAUUGUUAAUUUAGUUGACGCUCGUAACAUUUGAAGAUGAAGAAAUAGGUACGAGUUCCCCUGAACCUAUAAGCUGUAUAAAUUUGGAGUGAAAGUUGUCAAGAAUGAUGCAGUGCUGGCUGAGUUGGGUUCAUUCAAAUCGUUCAAUGCCCACAUUGUUCCAGGCAAUUGAACAAACACAUGGGUGGAUCCAGAACGACAGUCUCAGACGCUGCAGGGGGGGGGGGGAGAGGGCUGCACACCUAAGAUGCAAACAUUCGAAAUCGAAAACAUUUCUUUCAAUUCCAAGACCUCAUUGGAUUUCGAUUUUUGUGCACUGCUCUGCAGCUUGCAGCAAACUCUUCCUCAUGCAAGUUGUUAAGUUUUCUUUCUGUUACAGAAAAACGAAAAAUUUUCAUCGAAUUUACCCCACAUGCCCCCUUUGGAUUCGGAGGUGAACAAACAAUCCGCACAUUCUGCUUUGGUUCUGAUUGCCAAGCUGAUUACAAUGUAAACGUAAAGGCUGAACGAGUCAUCAGUUCUGGUUGCUAUGGUAACGGUAUUGACUAUCAACAACGCUGUGUUCCCUGGCUGUGUUCAUGCUUGGUUCGCUUGGUUCGCUUAGUUCUGCACCGUCUCUGACUCUCUACAGGCGCUACGACUGCCGUGUCGCGCUUUCCGCUGCUCACCAAGUCUUGGUUGAGCCUUUUCAGGCAUUCUGAUGUAAGUGGAAACGGAGUUUAAUAGUGAAAAAAUCGAUUCCAUCAUUAUUUCCUUCUGCACAUUGUGAGAUCUACGAGACACACAAGGUUGGUGCUUCUCUUUCGACACGGUUGGUGCGGAAUCAAAUCCUUUCAUUACUAUAAUUAUUAAUUAGUCUACCAGUAAUAAGCGAGAUGGUAUACGGUAGCUAUUUGGCCCCGGAGUACCGGGAUGGCGCGGCUAUCGAACGAAGAAGAUGCUCCGAAGACCUGCGAAAGAAUGCAAUAUUUAAUGCUAAAAAGCGCACCAUAGGCUUAGACCUACCAGCAUUGAAUCGCCAAGUUGAUCUGAAUAACGAAAAACGAAUGCGGGACCAGCAACGAGAUGAAGCGUACGAACGAACUGUGCUAAAAGGAGACUAUUUAGCUCAGCUAAAAGAACGAGACGAGUGCCGUUUGAAGAGAGCCCUCCAAAUUGAGCAAAACAUGUUCAGAGCUGAAUAUCAAAGACCGGAUCAAGCCCGUGAGUUCGACCUAAAUGACCCCGAUUAUGUGAAACACUUCAAUAAUAUUGAUAUGAAAACUGGACCGCCUGAUGGUCCAUUCGCUCUGGGAAAGGAUGAGCGACCAAUGAAAAUUGCCCAUAAAAAGGCUCAGAUGGAGUGGGAGAAGCAGCUCAGCGCGCAGUUAGCCGAAAAUAAAGCGGCCAAAUGUCAGCAAGAAGUCGCUGAUAGCAUUGAAGUCCGAAGACAGCGAGAAUUAACGGCGAAGACAAUUGCUGCUGAGCAAGCAGAACAGCAGUGCAGGACAGCAGUUAAAAAGACCAACUCGGAGAUAAACCAGGCGCUGGCGGUCGAGCGCCGGCAGACGGAGGAGGCGCAGCGCCAGCACGAGCUCGAGGACAACAGGGCCGAGAUCCGGAACGCGCUGUACGGCGACUUCCUCACGGAGACGCCACACGCCGCCAUCUCGUCACUGGGCUCGCGGCGCGUGCAGGUGGACCGCUACAAGGGCCUGCUGCCCGAGGAGCGGGCGCGCCUGAAGCACGAGCAGCUGCGGCAGCUGGAGGAGGACCGGCGCCGCCAGCAGCUGCAACGGCAGGAGCACGAGCGCUGGGAGCAGAAGACGCUGGCGCAGGCGCGGCUCGGCGUGCUCAAGGACCGGCAGCAGGGCCGCACGGAGAGGCAGCUGCGAGAACAGCUGGCCCAGGAGAACCAGCGGCUCGCCAUGGAGCAGCAGAAGAAGAGGGAGAUGUUCGACAAGCACGUCUACACGAACGUGCCGUCUGAGGCGUUCUUCAGCCAGUUCAACACCAGCACCAGAUAGAAAGGCAUGUUGACGCCAAAGCUGAAUGCAUAGGCCGCCUGAAUAUGACACCGUUUUACAAGCGAUUUAAAACAGCGCCACUUCGCUGAGUUGGUGCUCAAUUCAUUAUAUGCGAAUAAACAUCUCUUAAAAAAUUGUCCUUUGUUAAUAAAGUUGUGUGAAUGUCUCGCUUUCUUUGGGCAAAAUACAUGAUUAUUCGGCUUAA